GUGCCCCACUGCACGAACGCACUCUUCUCAACUGGGAAGUGCCAACCUCCCGUAGCCAGUGGGAGCUGAAGCACACCGCAGUGACAUGCUCUGCCCAGGCUCGUGCAGGAAGUCUGUAGCGGAGUAGGGUUUACUUUGUCCAUCCCGGAAAUGUCACUGUUGUAACGGCUGCUCUUUGGAAUUUAUUGCACUCGAUUAGGGACCGUUUCUCAGAAUCAAGGAGUUAGAAGUGAGAUUUGAGAUAAGUGAGGCCCAUUCGGUGCUGCUUUCCACUCCUCCGAAGGGGAAAUGGAGUUAUCAGGAAUGAAAAAGAAGAGUUUGCUAGGAUUCAAAGAGAAUAAUAAAAAAUCCAACACUAGGGCUCCCUCUCCAACCAAGCGCAAAGAUCGGACUGAGGACAAAUCGAAGGACAGGUCCAAGGAUAAGGCAGCCACCAAGGAAUCAAGUGAAAAGGAUCGUGGUCGAGAUAAAACACGCAAAAGGCGCAGUGCUUCCAGUGGUAGCAGCAGUACCAGGUCCCGCUCCAGUUCCACUUCCAGUUCAGGGUCUAGUUCAAGCACUGGCUCCAGCAGUGGUUCCAGUUCUUCUUCUGCAUCAAGCCGCUCUGGAAGCUCCAGCACCUCUCGCAGUUCCAGUUCUAGCAGCUCCUCUGGAUCCCCUAGCCCAUCCCGACGUCGACAUGACAACCGGAGACGUUCCCGCUCCAAGUCAAAGCCACCUAAGAGGGAUGAAAAGGAGCGGAAGAGACGAAGUCCUUCACCCAGACCUACCAAAGUGCAUGUUGGGAGACUCACCAGGAAUGUGACUAAGGAUCACAUCAUGGAAAUAUUUUCCACUUAUGGGAAGAUUAAAAUGAUAGACAUGCCACCUGACAGGCUGAAUCCCCAUCUCUCUAAGGGCUAUGCCUACGUGGAGUUUGAAAAUCCUGAUGAUGCUGAGAAAGCACUAAAACACAUGGAUGGAGGGCAGAUCGAUGGCCAGGAAAUCACUGCCACUGCUGUAUUGGCACCUCGGCCUAGACCACCCCCCAGACGCUUCAGCCCACCAAGGAGAAUGCUGCCACCACCACCAAUGUGGCGUCGGUCCCCACCUCGCAUGAGAAGAAGGUCUCGAUCUCCAAGACGCAGAUCUCCUGUUCGCAGACGAUCAAGAUCCAGAUCUCCAGGUCGAAGACGCCAUCGCAGCCGCUCUAGCUCAAACUCUUCACGAUAAAGCAAAAAGACUGGACACCUUUUUAUUUUUUAACUUAAAUCUCCUCAAACUCAA